GGGCUCUGCUCAAUCAAAAUUAGGGUUCUUGUUAUUAUCAACUGUGGAUCUCUCUCUCUACAAAUUCCAUGGCAGCGCAUUACGUCCUGACCUUUUUCGCUCUUAUCUUAGUUUUUCUGCCUUCGGCACUCGGGAUCUCUAAUGGGAAUAUCGAGGGAUAUAGUGUAAAUGGUAAAGUUAGAUUUCCAGGAACUCAUCUCAUUGAAGUGGCUGCUAUCGGUUUUUUCUUCUCUCCAGUCCGAGUUGAUGUGAGUGCAAGAAAUCCUGGUAAGGUCCAAGCAGCUUUAACGGAAAACAGGAGAGUACUUAGCGAGCUUGUCUUGGAGCCAAUGAGAGAGGAACAGUAUUAUGAGAUACGAGAACCUUUCUCGGUUAUGUCCAUCGUGAAAAGCCCUAUGGGCUUGAUGAUUGGAUUUAUGGUAAUUGUGGUGUUUUUGAUGCCGAAACUAGUGGAUGCCGAAGAAUUAAAACGAGCCCAAGAGGAAAUGGGCAACCAAGGUGUUCCUUCAAUUGCAAACUUUUUAGCUGGGGCACAGAGGCCGAAUUAGAAAGGUUUUCCAGUUGAGGAAAUUUGGAUAUGCAGUGUUUGUGGUUUAUGCCAGAAAUGGAAAUAGGCUUCAUAGGAGUUCUGUGUUUUUCUGCAACAGAAGAAAAAAAUGUGUGUGGUUAUUAGUAAGAAUUGUUGGCUGCAUGAGGACUUCUCUUUCAGUAGCUUUCCUCCACAUAAAAGAACCAUUAUUUUGGCUCCUCUAAUUUCUUGCACAAAUUCUUGUAUGAGACUUGUGACGACCUAAUCAUUAAGUGGGUUGAUUCGUCAUAUUUUUUGUUAAAACAAAAAUACAUAUUUAUUCUAUAAAAUAUCGUAUAUUUGCUAUA